UUCAACCCGCACUGACUUCGAGAGUCAGUUGCAUAAAAGAGUGACUCUGUUGGAAAUUUUCCGUCUCUGCGUCGCAAUGGAUCGGAAGUGUUUGCUGAUCUGUCAGCUUCUGGCCUUCUUGCUGGUGGAGGAGAGCCUGGCGUUAUCAUGCUUACCCUGCUACAAGGCACAAUGCCCGACAGAUCUCAAUUGUCUGGGAGGAAAAGCGCAGAGUGUGUGUGGUUGCUGCCUGGUGUGCGCCAAGGUGAAGAAUGAGGAGUGCGGUGGUCCGUAUGAUGUAUACGGCACUUGUGACAAGGGCCUCGUGUGUGUGCGUAGAGGAUGGGACAGGUUUAACAGCCCAGGAGUGUGUGAAGAAUCGUAUGAAGAAGCUGAAGCAGCUGAGUAAACCAAGUUGAGGAUGUGAACGAGGCUUCCAUGUGCACAUCAAAGAGGGCCGAAAGCAACGCCUUCAACACCACGGAAAUCAGUAGAGAUACACAUAAAGAUCUUCGUUUUUAAUGUUAGUAGCAGAUUAUAAAAUUAAAAUCAUUAUAAGCAG